UAAUAAUAAUUAUGUCUGAAUCCGAAAAACAACAAAUCUCUCCCAGUGUGAUCGAUGCGCAAAUAUGCAAAUCCGAUCUUGAUAACUCGGAAAUAAUUGAGGCGGAUUCAGCUGUUCAACAAAUAAUCGAGUCUGAUGUUCGUGAUCACAAUUCCAGCAUUAAUGUCAACAAUACAGGAAACGUAUCUCCACCCCAACCCCAAUAUGGACCUAUAAUUCAGGACUUAGGUUCUGAAGAUGAGAUUCACAGCCAUCAAGGUUCAGGGCAAGAAUAUCAAGUAGAGGAGCCAUGCGAAGGACCCCAAGUUGUUCAGCAACCAGCUCAACAGCAGGCGGUUCAGCAACUACAAACCACACAAAACGGGCAAGAAAGCAAUGUCAUUAUAAAACAGGUCCAUUAUCACCGCACCCUACAUUAUCAUGUGGCGCCGGUUUAUCAAGGCUCAGUAAUUAAAGGAGACAUCGUAGGAUCAAAAGUCGAAGCAAGAGAUACUAAUAUUGGUGCAAUUGGCGGCUCACAACAACCUCUAGCAAUAGGUGGUUCAGAAGAACAAGCAGCUCUAGCUUGGCUUGGUGAAGGAGCAUCUACAAGUUCUCAAGUACCUGCGUUAUGUGGCUCAGAACAACCACCUGCUUUACCUUGGCAUGAAGAAGAAAGAGAAGUGCUCCAUUCUGGUAACAGUUCCGUCAGCAAUCAACCGCUUGCAUUGCCUGCGCCAGAAUUACAAAUGUCUCCACCAAGCAACGGACAACUAGAAGAAAACAUGGCGACAACACCAACCGGUCAACUGGGAACACAGAGUCGACCAGCAGUUAGACAGAUAGAGCCAAGUAAUGAAGAGACUGAACAAACUGAAACUCAAGAUUCCAGGGACAGCACACUAGAUCGACCAUCCGUGCAGUCACAUGCAGUCGAGGAGAAAAGUUUUGUAGGAGAAGAUACUGAUAUAACAACUCCCAAAGUUACUGGAACCCAACAGUCUCCGGUAAUAAGAGGUCCCAAACAACAAGCUGCUUUGCCCUGGCUUGGUGAAGGAACAUCGGGAAUUUCAGCAGUAGAUGACCCAGAACAAAGACCUGCUUUAUCUUGGCAUGAAGGAGAAGGAGCUCAUUAUUCUGGUGGAAGUUUAGCCAGCAAUGAAACACUUUUGCCGACUGCAACAGAAGCAUGUGCAUCACUUCCCAUGAACGAAGAAUCGCAAGAUCAGAUGCAAGCGCUGGUAGACAAGUCAUUGCUUGUUUCAGCAAAAUCAAGGAAACGUACAAACGGACAAAGCGCUGAUGUCAGACAUUGUUCAGAAGAAGACGAAAUAAGUGAAGAUGAAUACGACAUAGAAUCGUCCGAAAAUUUCAAAAGAAGAAGAAUCUGUCAACCAACAACAGCAUCGAAUUCUAGACAAACGCAUGCGCGUCAUCAGAGAAACAAAAGCCGACCUACACCUAGCAAUUUGACUGAAUCGCAAGAAAAAGAUGAAAUGAACCCAACAGAUUCAAAACAAUCAAACGAUGCAAAUUUAGCUACGAACAAACGCGAUAUAAAAGUAAAACAAUACGAAACAUCAAUCUUGAAAAUGACUGAGAUGUACAAUAAGGAACGGGAUAUACAAACACUGAUCAAGUUCAAAUCCCUCUUAACGUUAAUUGAAGUUUUUUGGACAAAGAUACUAUGCAAAAUGACAAUAACUAAUUACGAGCGCCAAUUCGUGGCCCCAGAAAAACUGUGGUCAAAUCUCACGGAUGAAAUUUCUAGCGAGAAGAGCUCUGAAAUAACAAUGAAACCGUACAUUUCAAAAAUAAAAGAAGUUUUUAAACUUGGCGAAGAAUUUUUUUCUAAUGAUAAAUAUAUCCAUGCUAUAGUAGCAUUCUACGCAACUGCUAAACUUCACCGACACAGCGGUAAAGCCAACGAAACUCUCAGGGGGGGUAUAUUGUCAUGUUUUGAAAAAGCUGGACUUGUUGUUGAAAAAAUUCAACGUUCUCAACAAACUGCAGAUGUUGCCAAGAAUCAUGUGAUACCACUCAUGUACGAAAUGAUUGAUUUUCUGAAACAAAUCCAAAGUCCAAACCAACUCAUGGAAAAACUUGAAACCAAAUCAAAAGAAUUUUUCAUGGAGAAGAAUUUUAUUCCAGCCGCAGUUGCAUUGCACAUCAAAGCUCAACUGCAUAAAGAUAUAAAUGAAGGUGAUGACUCACUCCAUGGUGUUUUGUUAUCCAUUGAACAGAUAAGCUCGAUCAUAGAAGACAAGAUAGAACAGAAACAAACAAAAGCAUUAGAUCACUUGAUGUCACUCAAUAAUGAAAUGACUGAUUUUCUUGGAUUGAUCCAAAUAUCAAACUAUAGCCGGUUUAUCGAAGAAAUACAAAUUAAAGCCACAGGAUUCGAUUUAGAACAGAAGUUUAUUUCAGCUGUAGUUUUAUUAUACGUCACUGCUAAACUACAUCAACUUAACAACAAGGGAAAUCAAACGGUAAUAGGAAUUGAACAAUCUGUUGAACGAAUAAAAGAUAUCGUCACUAAAAAGAUGUCAAAACAAGAUUUAGUGAAAAAGAUUGUCAUGGAUUAUGUGAUACCACUCGUGCAUGAAAUGAUCACGUUUCUUCGAUCGAUCAAGGGUUCGAGUCACAAAGUCAAAGUGGAGAAGGAGGCUUGGUGUUUAUAUAACAUCGGUUUUUGCUACGAUUACUGUGAUGAUUAUCAAGAAUAUGCGAACAUGAACGAAUCUGCGAUCGUACUUAUGAACGCAGAGUUAGAAAAUGAAGGUCCGACAUAUAGACUAUAUGGAAGCUGCCUUUAUUAUGCAGGAGUAGCGUAUAAUAGAAUGGGAAAAAUGGAGAAAGCGGUUGAGUUGUAUAAAAAGUCGUUGGAAGCAACAAAGAAUGCAAAUGAUUAUCCGAGUAGUAAGAAUAAGAAUGCCGAAAUCAAACUCACAAAAAGGAGUUUGAAAAUGGCAGAAUCCAAGUUACGCAAAUAGUUUUAUCGAACAGACUGUAAAUCAUCUUUUUUCUUCAAAGUUUUUAGUCUUGAGGAUACUUUUCAUACUUCCACUACUUGAAAGUUUUAUUGUAAAGGGUCAAAAGGAACUCAAUUUGCUUUUCCCUGAUUAAUUUUGGAAUCUUCGACGAUCAUUCUUGUCCGCUGCCAUUCUAAGUAAAAGCCCCAGUUCUUGUAUUAGUUAUUAUAAUGUAGAUGUGAUUAUGGAAAGUGAAAAAAACAAAACAGUGGAAUUGACUACUGACACGUCACGAUCUGCAUAAGCUUGAGUGAAGCCGUUUGACAAUGACGCAAACUCGAUUCGACUUGAUUCAAAUAUUGUAAAAUGCCAAUAAAGCGAAUAAAUAUAAUUGAAAGAACAACUGAUAUCUGCAUUAUCUGGAAUAAGACACGAUUGGUUACAUUGGAGGGCGAAUUGAAACGAUUGAACGCAACUCAUUCCGUUUAAAGUCCACAAUAUUGAGUCGAUUCAAAUAUUUAAAGUCCACAAUUUUGAGGCUAUUCAAAUAAUGUUAAUAUCCUCACAAUUGAUGCCAUUUUCCAAUUACAAACUUCCUUUUAAUGAUCGGUAUUUAUAAAUUUUAUUGAUAGAAACAAACUUGCAGCACCGUUGCAUUUCACGCUGUCCAAACUUUCCCAUAUGAUAAUUUCUGAUUUUAUUCGUCUUCUCAUAAAAUUUAAUUAUUUUUUUUUCUCUGACAGUGACAGUUUUGCUGUUACUAUAUUUCAACUAUUAUAAUUGUCUCCAUUUUUUAUUUGUUAUUUACUUGUAUUGAUUUACUUUAGCAUUCCCUUCCCCAAUUUUUAUUCUCCUAUUUUGUGAUUGUAACUUCUAGAAUGUUCUACCUUAAUAUUUAGUCAAUUAAAAUUGUGAAUCUUAAAUAUAAUAGUGAUUGGGGAGUUGACUUUAAUGACCGCUUGGUCGUAUCACUCCCUCCUGUCUAUACCAAACUAAUUCAUUUUUGUCAUUAUUUUUUUUUAUCAUUAUGAUGACUGUUGUUUUAUUUUGGUUGACGAAGCACUAAAAAAAUUGUGGGUGUGAAACUAUGGAAUACGCUUCCUGAUUCAAUUCGUUCUAAAAAUUAUAAUCUAUUCAAACGAGCAUUAAAAAAUCUUUACCUUGAUGCUUAUAUCUGUCAGUAAUUUGGCCUCUGUUAGGGCUAUCUGUUAUCAGAUUGUUGAAAAGAUGAAUACUGCAAAACACCUUUAUUGUCUUUAUUUUGAUUUUAUUUUUGCAUCAUUAUCGUGACGCUAAGCGUGAGCAUGACGUUAAUAAGCUAAACUCACUUAUCUAAUCUCUAGACUCUCUCGAUUUGAUUUGUUUAUGGUAUAAUUGUAUUCUCAAUUUUGUUGAAAAAUAAUUAGUUCCUUGUAUUUGACGUUUGUUUGACGUCUGCUGCUGAACUCAGCAAACACGGUGUCGCUGACACGAUGACUCUGGUAGUCUUUCGCGCCCCGCGUCACUCUUUGUUUCAAUUGAUCUUUUUGUUACCAUUUUUUUUAUUAAUUGUGUGGUACAAUAUUCCAUGCACGGCGGGAAUAAAAUAUCUGAAUCUGCUCGAGUUAUUUCUUUGUGUGAGUGUGUAAUUGAGCUUGCUUUUACUGCAUUAACAAAUAAUUUUACAUCUCCAUGUUGGCUGCCAAUAUUGACAGUUGUUUGAAUAUUGUUUUGGUUAGUUCCAAUUUUUUGCAUUUCUUCCAGGCGCACUGUCCGAAUCCCCCUUUUCCGUGU